ACUGUGUCACUGGAGCCCGCGCGAGAGGUGGCCUGCAAGGACUGUACCGCGCCGCCAACCUUUUUUUCUGUGCGUGCGAUGUUUUCACUUUCGUCAUUUUGACCGGGCCAGUUUGAUUUGACGUCGCUCGCGCACGGACGUGCCUAGGACCGGACGUUGUGAUUAUCCUGUGAUCGCUGGUGCUUCGGAUUGUUUUUGUUUAUUUUUUUUUUUGGUAUUGUAUAUUAUUUUGUGAAAGAAAUGGCUGUGAUGCAGUGCUAACAUGUUCGAUAGUAACAUACUUUUAAAUUUCUACAAUGAGAUUGCGCAUAGAAGUGCACUACAGUUGGCAAGUGCUGGAAUGAUGGGCGAGGGCCUGCUGACGCUCACAUACGGCAAGCACCACGCCUGCAUCCUGAACGAGGUGGGCGCAGCAUGGCGCGGCGCCCGCUACUCUGACCUCGUGUUGGUGUGCGACGACGCUGUGCCAUUAGCUGCACACCGCAUCGUCAUGGCUGCUGCUAGUCCGCUCAUACGAAAAAUUCUUGAUGACACACCUUUAGUUGAUAAUCCAGUCACAAUUCACAUGUCAGGCAUCAGCAGCACCCUUAUGAGACAUCUACUCGUAUUUCUGUAUAGUGGACAAGCUUACAUUGAGUCUGGUGAAAUCGAUGAUAUGCAAGAACUCUUCGAACUGCUGGAAAUCAAAUCGGAUGUUUGGAAAUCAACAAAAGAACGACAACAAGCUGAAGAGCGGAACAGAUCAUGCGACCGAUUAAAGGGCAAAAACCUCAAAACAGACAUAAAUAGUAACGAAAGCAGUAAACAUGAUGCACCAUCGGGAUCCUCACAUUCAGAAAGUGAAAGAGUAACACCAGGAGCAGGCUACAGCAAAGACAAAGAACAGUCAGAGUCUUUAAGUAUAAAAAAAGAAAGCAUGUCAAACAGUAGUAAUGAUGAAAGAGAAGAUGAUGAACCAGACGUACAAAAGAGAGAAAAGGAAUGCGGCCGUGUCCCUUCACGUCGACGUAGCUCUUCAAACCCUGUUAAUUUAUCUUUAGCCAGAAAUUCGGAGAACACAAGCAGCGAACAUGAUGAUUCACAGGACUUAGACGUCGAAACAGUUGCGGCAAAGAACAUUGGACGGAGACGAUCUACAUCUUCAAGUCAAGAAGAUCAACCACAGGAAACGGUGUACCGAAGGCAAUUGUUAAGCGAUCGAUUAGGAAGAGGUGUUGAAAGAGCAAAACGAAAAUCACAUUAUUUGGAACCACCCGAACUUGAUUUAAGAACAGUAAAAUUGGAAGAUUAUGCACACCUUAAGACACCUGAUAAUGAAUUAAUGGCCCUCGUUCAAACGUCACCAGAGAAUUACGUAGUUACACCACAUAGGAAGAGGCGAACUGGUUUUCACAAUUCACCAUCACAAAACCCUCCAUUUGUGUCUUUUGCUCCAAGUUAUCUCGAAGAAAUGGCUCAUUUACGAUACGCCCAGGCGCCUAGUGUAGUAGCAGGUGUUGCUAGAUUGGGAGCUCUACAUCAACUCAGUGCUUCAGCUCCACCUUAUUUACCAGAAAGAAGCGCAACGCCUCCCGCAGCAGUUCACGAUGAAGCUCUCAAAUAUCGACCUCCGAGUGCGGGAUCUUGGGGCCCUUGGCUAUGUCAACCACAAAUGGGUGGAGAUGAACCACCAUCUACAGAACACGAGCAAGGAUCGAGCAAACAGGCGCCUGUCCGGGAAUACCGUUGCGAAUAUUGCGGGAAACAAUUUGGUAUGUCGUGGAAUCUCAAGACGCACCUAAGAGUUCACACGGGAGAAAAACCAUUUGCUUGUCGGCUGUGUGUCGCUAUGUUCAAACAAAAAGCACAUUUGCUUAAACAUUUAUGUUCGGUACAUCGAAACGUGAUAUCAUCGAGUGAAAAUGAUGGACGAACAAAUACACCUGGAAGAUUUAACUGUUGUUUCUGUCAAUUAACCUUUGAAGCAUUACCAGAACUUAUAAGACAUCUUUCUGGACCGCAUAAUAGCCUUCUGUUAAGCAAAAAUUUACACGAAUGACACUUGUCUUCGUGACGCAGAAAUGCGCGUUUUAUUGGACUUUGAAACUUCUCUCAAAUCGAGAGCUCAAUUGUGAUAUGUGUUUAAAAAGGAUAUAAUUUGCUAAGUGUCUUAGUUUUAAGUACAAUAUCGCCGAGCGAUAUUCAUUGUGAGGC